AGAAGGAGGGAGGGAGACAGAGAGGGAGUCAGGUGCAAAUCUAUAGCUUGGGAUCUGCUUGAUAUAGAGCCAUGGUGUCUGACUAAUUCAGUUCUUAAGGGGUUAAAGAAUGACCUCACUGAGACUCGAAGAGCGAACGAAGAGAUGUGAAAGUUUCAGUGUUCCUCUGGCUGGGAAGGAGAGUAGAUGUGGCCAACGCUCCAGUCAGGAGAGAGACAUCAGUUUGCCGGCUUUAUUUAGUGCUGAAAUGGAAACCCUUUGCUUGUUCCCUUUUGCCUACAGGAUGGGACCUCUUCUCGCCCUCCUCUGCUACUUGCUGUCAACCUUUGGGCUACCAGGCGCAAGAGCCCAGCAAGCUCAAACUCAAGCUCAAGCCCAAGCCCAAGCUCGGAGCAGGGUGUGGAGACAACGCAUCCAGUGGGAGAGCAAUGGACAAGUGUAUAGCUUCCUCAACAGUGGUGGUGCUUACCGACCCCGGGUUAGCGAUAGCCUCACAGAGCCCCAGAGUGUGUACCUGAGCAGGGGUGGAGGGAGCAGUGGGAGUGGGGCUGGACGAGCGGCCAGACCCUCUGGGACCAGGGUUGUGUCCCCCAGGUUAGCCGAGCACCCUGGGUGGGGGCUGCAGGAAGCCCGCGGAAUCUCAGGAUCCCGGGGUGUCAAUUUCACGCAGGGGAUUCCCUCCCCGGCAGGUGGAGGUGUGAGUUUUGCCCCAGUGGGGACCAGUCAGCAGCCCGACUCGGGGGCACAGAGCAGCGGGGGUUUCCCCCCUCGCCCCCCUCCUUACCCAGUAGCGGGUGAGGGAGGCGAUCUCCCACCCAGCGCCUCCGGCCAGGAGGCCCCGAGUGUGAGGAGCACCCGGCAGAUGUUGGCAGACGAUCCUCGGAAUCCCUUGAAGAACCGGAACAGCGUGUUUUACAACGCCUACUCCUCGUCCCGCUCCUCGAGACCCGUUUCCCGCACGAGACAGGGCUACGGCACCCGGUAUUUCCAGAACGGGCUGCCUGAUUUGAUCCCGGAUCCGUAUUAUAUUCAAGCCUCCACGUAUAUCCAAAGGCUGCACAUGUACGCACUGCGGUGUGCCGCUGAGGAGAACUGUCUGUCCAGAUCUGCCUAUAGGUCAGGAGUGAGUGACCUCAGCAUCCGGGUGCUGCUGCGUUUCCCCCAAAGGGUCAAAAACCAAGGGACAGCAGACUUCCUCCCCAACAAGCCCCGCCAUACCUGGGAGUGGCACAGUUGCCAUCAACACUUUCAUAGUAUGGAUGAGUUCAGUCAUUAUGAUCUCCUGGAGGCUACGACACAGAGGAAAGUAGCUGAAGGACACAAAGCCAGCUUCUGUCUGGAGGACACGAUGUGUGAUCCAGGGUUCAGCAGGCGGUACGCCUGCACGGCACACACUCAGGGAUUGGGACCUGGUUGCUAUGAUACCUACAACGCGGACAUAGAUUGCCAAUGGAUUGAUAUCACUGACGUGCGCCCUGGGAACUACGUCUUGAAGGUUUCCGUCAACCCACGAUUCCUGGUGCCAGAGUCUGACGUGUCAAACAAUGUUGUGAGGUGUGAUAUUGUCUACACUGGGAACUACGUAUCAGCUAGGAACUGCAGGAUUACGAGGUUCUGAGAACGAGCUGUUGGAACAAGCCCACGUGGAAUAGUAGCUCUGAAAUUGCAUGUAUUUUUGCUUUCUGCUUGUUUAGUGUUGCACUUAUAUUUAAUGGCUUGACGGAGAAAUGUGUUGAGA